AUGGACGGAAAGGAGGAAGUAGAGGAGGAGGGGCGGGACUCGCUCAGCAGCAGCGGCGGCGGCGGCGGCGGAGGGGGGGGCGCGGAUGAGGAGGAGGAGGAGGUGGUGCAGAUCCGGCUGGGUGACAGGUGCUUCGCGGUAGGUAAGAAGAAGCUGAUCGAGCAGAGCGACUACUUCCGCGCUCUGUACCGUUCCGGGAUGCGAGAAGCAGCUGGGCAAGGCCCGGAGGUGCAGCAGCUGCGCGGAGGGCUCAGCGCACUGGGCUUGGAGCUGGUGCUGGAUUUCAUCAACACCUCCUGCCUGGCUAGGCUGGAGCGAGAGGAAGAGCCCCCAGUGCUGGAGGAACUGAUCGAAGCGGCUUCCUAUUUGCAGGUCACUCCCCUGCUGCACCUCCUCCUUUCCCAGGUCAGGCUGGCUAACUGCCUGGAGCUCCACAACCUGGCCCAGAUCUAUGGCCUCCAGGACCUGCAGGAUGCUUGCCUCAACUUCAUGGCUGACAACUACUACCAGGUGCUUCGCAGGCCAGAGGCCCAGCCUCAACUCCUCCUGCCCUAUGUCCUGAGGCAGCAGCUGCUAGAAAGGCGCAUGAAAGGCACUGCUGCCCUGGUGGCCAUUGGCAACUUUGUAGGACCCUCAUCCCUGGGUUGGUUCUCCCCGGAAGACUCACCCUGCUCCAUGCUGAGGUACAAUGAAGUACUCCAGAGGUGGCUGCCGCUGCCAAACAACCUGCCUUCAGACUUAGUCAAUGUGCGAGGUUAUGGGUCAGCAGUGUUGGAUAACUACUUGUUCCUUGUUGGGGGCUAUCGCAUUACUAGCCAGGAAAUAGCAGCUGCCCACUGCUACAAUCCCUGUCUGAAUGAGUGGAGUCAGAUGGCUUCAAUGAACCAGAAAAGGUCUAAUUUCAAGCUGUUGGCAGUCAGUGGAAAACUGUAUGCCAUUGGUGGGCAGUCCCUCUCCAAUGUUGAGUGUUACAAUCCAGAACAUGACUGGUGGAACUUUGUAACUUCUUUACCAACCCCCCUGGCAGAAUUCUCAGCAUGUGAGUGUAAGGGCAAGAUUUAUGUCAUGGGAGGCUACACUACAAGAGACCGCAACUUGAAUAUCUUGCAGUACUGUCCCACCUCUGACAACUGGACUAACUUUGAAUUGUGUGACAUCCACAUCCGCAAACAGCAAAUGCUGUCUGUGGAGGAAACCAUCUACAUAGUUGGAGGCUGCAUCCAUGAACUGAGCAAGAACAAAAAAUCUAGCCAGAAUGAGGACAUGUUAACAGUGCAGUCUUACAACACUGCCACUAGAGAAUGGCUCUACCUCAAAGAAAACACGUCAAAAUCUGGCCUUAAUUUGACUUGCACACUACACAAUGAUGGGAUCUAUAUACUGACCAGAGAUGUUACAUCGUCUACAAGCUUGGAGCACCGGGUUUUUCUAAAAUACAAUAUUUUUUCAGACAGUUGGGAAUCACUUAGGCAUUUCCCAACUUUUGGGCAAAACAUGUUGGUUUGUUCAAUGUAUCUGCCAAAUACAAUUGAAGUGUAAAUGCUCCAUAAUUUCCUCCCAUAAACUUUAAGAGAUUAAGAAAG